GACAAUUAGAGCUUGCCUGUUACUGCAUUUUCGGAUUGCGAUUACGCUUGGUCGCAGUUUGGUGUUGUGUUUUGGCGUGUCAAGUUUUUGGCGCUGUUGUCGGGGAACCUCUAGGUUAUUGGAGAUACGUGAAAUUUUGUUACUCUAGCUUUUUCUUUACUGCAUUUUCUCUCUUCCACCUGUGUGCCUUCACGGGUUGCUUUUGUUGAUUGUGUGCAAGUAGUGCAUGACCCGUAGCCAGUCGGGAGAUUUACUACCAUUAAACCAGGAGCUUGAACGGACCUGUAGGAACUUCAAGCGGGCUCUAAAGUUGUGACUGGCUGUGGAGGAGGCGCUAGCACAGCUGCAAAUCACCGAUGAAGAAGAGAUGGGGGACCCACAGGACCAUGAUGUGGUUCUUCCUGAGGAGCAGACCAUGGGAUACUACUGGACCGCCAGAGCCGCGGACAUGAGGUCGCCCAUUCAGCACCCUCAUGUGCCAGCAAAUAACUUUGAGGUGAGCACCUCUGUCAUCACCAUGAUGCGCGGUUCAGUGGUGUUCCGAGGCAAGGAGGGGGAGUGCCCCCGAUCACAUCUGAGGCAAUUCCACGAGCUCAUCGAUGGAAUCAAGAUAAAUAGGGUCUCAGCCAAUGCCAUCCAGCUGAGGUACUUCCCAUUUACUCUGGAGGGGCGGGCCAAGGAGUGGCCAGAUGCAGUAACAACAACCACUCUAUCAGCUCAGACAGGGGCAUGCUUUUCAACAGCCUCCAUAGCAGCAGUACUAGCAACCUGGUGCACCUCCAUCAGUCGCAGCACCGGGCGAUCCCAUGUCGGAACUGAGGGAUAUAGUGACUACCUUGGCGAGCACUAGUACCCAAAAGUUCAAUAAAUUGGAGCAAUUCAU